AUAUAGCACACACCUUACUCUUCAAUCUCUUAACACAACUCUCUCUUCAAUUCACAAUUUACAUCUCAAAACCAUUUUCCACUCUCUACAACAGUUACAUAUGGUAUUCACUAGUAACAACAACUCUUCCUUUUCAUACUCAAUUUCAUCAAAAGAUUCUUCUUUCCACACAUCAUCACCGGACUCUGAGCUCCGAUUAGCGGCGAGUAGUCCCAAGAAACCGGCAGGGAGAAAGAUAUUCAAGGAAACUCGCCACCCGGUAUACCGGGGUGUGAGGAAGCGGAACUUAGAUAAAUGGGUUUGUGAAAUGAGAGAGCCAAACAAAAAGACUAGAAUUUGGCUAGGAACUUUUCCAACCGCCGAGAUGGCAGCCCGAGCACACGAUGUUGCGGCAAUGGCAUUGAGAGGUCGCUAUGCCUGUCUCAAUUUCGCCGACUCAGUGUGGCGGCUCCCUAUUCCUAUAACCUCUAAUACAAAAGAUAUUCAAAAGGCAGCUACCGAAGCCGCCGAGGCUUUUAGACCAGAAAAGAUUUUAAUGACAAACAACAUUGACACCGUUGUAGCUGUCAUUGCUGCAAAGGAGCUGAGUAUGUUUUGUGUGGAAGAGCAAGACGAUGAAGAACUGUUGAAUAUUCCAGAUUUUUUUAGGAAUAUAGCACUAAUGUCCCCUGCACAUAGUUUUGAGCAUAACUAUGAAGAUUUUGAAGACUUUCAAGAUGAUGAGGAUUUUAAAACAAUGUCUGUUACCAUUACCUGUGUUGUGACUGCAAAUGGAAUCCAUUCACCAGAUUUCACCGUGAUAACAAGGACUGUGGUCGUUGCCGUGACUGCGAACCAAGCUCUUUUAUGUCUGGUUUAUUGUUUUUCUUCUUGGCAAGGAAAGGUGCAAAAGAAUAAUGAAUGAUCAUUCUGAAUUACUACUUAAUCAGAAGCCAGUGAUCACCAACUGUAGCAGUGACCGAAGGCAGCAGCAGAGAAACAAAAUGCAGCUGCAGAACAAAAAAAAAAAACUAAAUCAACUGCAAAUACAAAACUAAAAUUCGUCUAAAAAUACCGAAAGCAGGAUAACAAAA